UUCAUCAAUAAUAAAAUGUGUUUUAUUCUUGGCAGAUGACUGUACCAGGAACUUAGAGAAACAUUUGGUAUCUUCAGAUUUUGAAGUAGAUGAUUGUGGUAUCACACGAGAUACAUUUGAAGACCAUGCCAAUAUGCAAGAUAAACCCUCAUCCAAUCACAGCAACAAUGCAUCAUUUGAUUCUUUUAAACAGGUCGGAUCUUUUGAUUCAUCACAGAAUGUAACACCGAAUAAAGUAAACAGAAGAGGUGCUAAACAUCAAACAGCUCACGUAAGAGGGAAGCCAGUUUCAUGUUCAGAAUGUGGAAAAUGUUUUCACAAUAAAUCAAAUCUUGUUAUACAUCAGAUAAUUCACACAGGGAAGAAGCCAUUUUCAUGUUCAGAAUGUGGGAAAUGUUUUAAGACGAAAUCAGAACUUGUUAUACAUCAGAGAAAUCACACAGGAGAGAAGCCAUUUUCAUGUUCAGAAUGUGGGAAAUGUUUUAAGACUAAAUCAAAACUUGUUAUACAUCAGAGAAAUCACACAGGAGAGAAGCCAUUUUCAUGUUCAGAAUGUGGGAAAUGUUUUAAGACGAAAUCAGAACUUGUUAUACAUCAGAGAAAUCACACAGGAGAGAAGCCAUUUUCAUGUUCAGAAUGUGGGAAAUGUUUUACUAAUUCAUCAUCUCUAUUUAAACAUCAGAGAAAUCACACAGGGGAGAAGCCAUUUUCAUGUUCAGAAUGUGGGAAAUGUUUUAAGCAGAAAUCGCAUCUUGUUGAACAUCAGAGAAAUCACACAGGAGAGAAGCCAUUUUCAUGUUCAGAAUGUGGGAAAUGUUUUAGCCAUAAAUCAGAUCUGGUUAUACAUCAGAGAAUUCACACAGGGGAGAAGCCAUUUUCAUGUACAGAAUGUGAGAAAUGUUUUAAGACUAAAUCAAAACUUGUUAUACAUCAGAGAAAUCACACAGGAGAGAAGCCAUUUUCAUGUUCAGAAUGUGGGAAAUGUUUUAAGACUAAAUCAAAACUUGUUAUACAUCAGAGAAAUCACACAGGAGAGAAGCCAUUUUCAUGUUCAGAAUGUGGGAAAUGUUUUAAGACGAAAUCAGAACUUGUUAUACAUCAGAGAAAUCACACAGGAGAGAAGCCAUUUUCAUGUUCAGAAUGUGGGAAAUGUUUUACUAAUUCAUCAUCUCUAUUUAAACAUCAGAGAAAUCACACAGGAGAGAAGCCAUUUUCAUGUUCAGAAUGUGGGAAAUGUUUUAAGACUAAAUCAGAACUUGUUAUACAUCAGAGAAGUCACACAGGAGAGAAGCCAUUUUCAUGUUCAGAAUGUGGGAAAUGUUUUAAGACGAAAUCACAUCUUGUUACACAUAAAAAAAAACACACAUAAGUGAAGCCAUCUUCAUGCUUAGCCCGUUAGUGACCUCCCUUAUGUGUUUUUUAUGGUGGUCAUUAACCUGGCUUUAUUCCAUUAGAUACUCCUUUUUACAGGGAGAUAAAACAGCGCCUUGCUUUCAGUUACCAGAGUUAGCCGAGGGCUUGGAGCGAUGAUUGGGACCGCUGUGAGAGCUCCCCAAACAAACAUGGUCUCCUGUAUUGAAUGAAUAUUGGUAUUCAAAGGACAGAUCCAGUUAAAAGUGAAACUAAAUUUAUUUAUUUUUAUAUAUCUCCUCUAUUCACAAAUGUUU